GACCGACCGAAAAUGGACACCACCAACGCAUCGCCACCAGAAUCUGCACCCUUAGCUGCAACAGCGACGACACCAUUGGCCGCAUCCGAGUCUACGCCGAUAGCUGCAACAGAGACGGCACUAGAGGCUGCGCCAGCUGACGAGUCAGCGCACCCGUUUGCUCCGCAUGCGGGCGACGGCCCCAAGAUGCCACCGACGUCGCCACGCCCGGUGAUCACACCGUCGCUGCGUGCCACACCGCGAAGCGCGCCGACACCAAGUGCUGUGGCGCAGCAGAGCAGCACGCCACGCAGUGUACGCUUUGCAGACGAGAGCCUGACACCUCCAGCGUUGACGCCCGAGCCAAGCCACGAGCUACCCAAGGUGUCCCCGCCCAAGGCAUCUGUACUUGGUACCCGGCGAAGCGCAAGCAAGAAGUACGCCAUUACGGAGCUUCAAGAAAGCGGUAGCGACGAUGCGGAAGACAAGCCGAAAGACGUCGCGCUCGAAGACGAUCUCGAGCUCCCUGGGUUUGACCCGUCGAUGCCAAAGCCCAAGCUCAAACUCAAACUGACGCGCCAGCUCACUUUUCAGCAGCGCCAGCGCCGGCAGAUCCGCAAGCACAAACGUGUUUUGCUCGCGACAUCCCACUCGCUCUUUGCGUUUGCUUCCUUUUGGUUUCGAACGCUCGUGAGUUUGCACACUCACGAGUGGAUGGCGUACCUCCUGAUUGUGUUUGGCUUGCUCGGCGAAUGCACGACACCCGGUCCACGCUACAACGUUGCGAUCGGCGCGCUCCUCUUGACCGUACCCGUCAAAAAGAUUGAGCUCCACUUGACGACGACCGGCAUGGUUGUUGCGAUUCUCGUGGACCUUUUCUGGCUCUGUCGCUCAGACGAACGAAGCUACGGCGCGAUCUUCCCGUGGCAGCUCACGUCGUUCUGCCGCGUCUGGACGGCGCUCUGCAUGCUGCUAAAAGUGUGGCUCUCGCUCUCCGUGUACUGGUACCUCGACCCGCAACUCAAAACCACCCCGUCGCAACGACCGCUCAAGCCCUUCCACCUCAAGUGGCAGGUGCUUCUGGAUCGGGCUCGCUUCUUCUUUCCGACAACAAUUCUGCCGCCGCCGACGCAAAUGUCGAGGGCCGUCCUCCUCCGCAUUGUCGCGCUGCUCUACAUCUACUGCCUCGGCAGCGUCGUCUUGCUCUUCCUCGGUAUCAUUGCGUGCUUCUCCUUCACCAUGUACCCGCAAUUUCAAGUGGCGUCUCUGGGCAUCCCCUUGCACUACAUGCUUCUGACCUCGGGCGUCGCCUCAAUGGCAGCACUGCUUUUGUUUUUGAGCAACUUGCACACGCCCAUUUGGCGCUGCUUAAGUUUGCUCUGGCGCCUCGCCUCGUAUACGGGGCCGCUCAUUCACUGGCACGGCGUCGGCUACACGAACGACCUCAACUGGAUCAAGAUGGUCACGAUCGCCAAGCUUGUGGACGCGUGCUGCGGCCUAUACCUCUUCUUGGUGCUCUACGCGUCGUUCCACCAAGGCACGUCCUUCUAUGGCGGUGUCACCGCGCUGCUCUUGAUUGCGACCGGCUUUAACGUGCUACUGCAGUGCUGGGUGCCGCUGCUUUUGCUCGUCUUGUACAAGUUUAUCAGUGUCAUGGAGCAGACCCACCGGGACUAUGAUACAUACCACCUCCUGCCGCGCAACUGGGACGCCGAGGACCACGCGGUCGAGAACAGCAGCAGCGACGACGAGGAUGCCAGCGACAGCGACGGCACGAACGAGUCGAGCUCCUCGUCUGCUUCAUCGGCAUCGUCGGAGAGUGACAGCGCGCCCUCCAUAUCGGAAAAUGAGGCGGACAGUAGCCACGCGCGACGUCGCCGACGCCACGCGCGCCCGAGUGCGCCACCCGCCGACGUCUGGGUCCGGCACCACGAUGCGUACGACCGCGCCUAUGUUCGCAAUACGAUCACGGGCGAGACCUUCUGGGACGAUGAGGAUGCGCCGGCCAAUGAGGACGCGUCGCCGCUAAGCUGCACGCUGUACAUGACGCACGACGACUUCAAGUACUUUUGGAACAGUUUGGAGUACUCGGGGGGAUUUGCGUGUCGGAUUUGCGGGCUGCCGACGGUCGAGGCGCUCACAGAGCACCUCGCGGCCUGUCGCUUCUACGUCAUCACCGACGGCAUGGCGUCCGAGACGAUCCGCGCCGUGUACUUGUACGCAAUUCACUCGGCGACCAUGGCGCAUUUUCUCGGUGCGUUCCUUCUCGACAGCCUCAGCAACGAGCUUGAAGCCAAGUUCAAGUGCGACCAAGUUGAGAUGGUGCCCGAGAUCGUCCAGUGCCUCCAACUCAAGGUGCUCCUCGGCGACUACGAGCAACUCCGCUAACCUUGUCUGCAUUAUGCAUCCGUGUAUGGGAUCAAAGUAUGUCCCCACUCAGUCCAUGCAAGGGAAUUCCCUUGGCCAAGCACUCGUAGUACGAAAGAUUUAUGUCUGAUGCUUGCUACCAGGGCAUGAUG